UGCACACAUUAACUGUAUUUAGGAUAAGCAGUUCCUGUAUUGUGCAUGUUAGGCCAUGUUUGGACUUUUAAUUAUCCGAAAAACAAAAACGGUGAUCAGUGGUGACAUUUAAAUCGGAUAAGAAUGUAUCUUAGUCAUUCACGAAAUACGAGGUCAGAAAUCCAUACCCACCAUAAUAUUCUGUGUAAUGAUAGGGUGUUUUUUCACUGUUAUUGUACCUUGUACUUUGUAUGCUCAUUUAUCUACCUUUUCAAGUACGCGGCGUAGAAGAAGUUGCAUCACUGAAUCAAUAUCGCUCAAUGAUUUGCAUAUCUACUUAACAUUAGUCAAUGAAAUGGGUUUUGAGUUCACAUUCCCACGGAACUAAGUGCCUUUGCGUAACCCCCACAGAUUAUUCUCAAGUAUGUUUGACGUUUCUACGCUUUUACUUGCCGAUCUGUGUAUAUGUUCACUCUGACCUUGGGGUAUCUGUUGCCUCAGGGCCCGGUGUCUUGCGUCAUACCGGGGCUUUGAGAGAUUCUGGCUAUCGCCUGGUCCUUGCCAGUGUUUACUACCAGGAUGUGAUGCAAGGGUAGUUCGCUACGUUUCGUGUGACUAGUGAUGAUCCAUGCUUCCAGAUAAGAAGAGUUGAGCAGUCAUAAGCUCGUAUCCCGCCGGUGGGUGCGUCCGCUCGGGUUUUCGUCAUUGGAUAUAAUUGGCACUGGGAGCCUCCGGUCGUGCACUCCGCCUCAUAGAUGCUUCCUACAGUAUCGAUAAUAUAUAAUUUGUACAGAUGUGUUAUUAAGGGAAACACUCUGACAGCCCAUCAUGAAGGCACCAUCAUCGAGUUCACAAAUCACCAAGGCAUGGGUGGAGUACAUGCUGAGCGAUUAUGAAUGCAAGAAAACACCGGAGACCACCGUCACUGUGAAAACUUAUGAAAUUAGAAAUGCCACAAAACCUGGUGAAAGCUUCAAUGCUGAGCUGAUUCUUUUAGACGUCCAAGCACGACUCAAAAGUGGAGGUGGGCCAGAUGCCGAGGAAGAAAAGGAGUACAACCUUGUAGUCAAAUUCUUGAGUGGCGAUGCCUUGACGAGCGAAAUUAUAAAAAGAUGUGGGUAUCACAUUAAGGAAUUCAUGAUGUACUCGGAGGUAGUGAAUGAACUUAAUAGUUUUCAAGCAGAAAGGGCCAACAAUGAAUUCCGACUAGACAUCCCCGAGUAUAUUUAUGGUAAAUGUACUGAGAAGGAAUAUGUCUUAGUUAUGCAGAAUAUUAAGGUGCUUGGUUAUGAAACUGGUCCAAAGAAAGAAGGUCUUGACUUCCACCAUGCUAAAUUGGCCGUGAAUCACAUUGCAAGAUUGCAUGCUGUGUCCUAUGCUUAUGAUAAAUCCCAUAACUUUCUGGAGAAGUACUCAUGUUUCAAAUUUAGCAAUGCAAUUAGCAGUUUUUUCAAGCCAGUUGUAUGGGCAUCUUUGUUAAAUAGCAUCAAAUUUCUAAAAAGUAAAAAGGGUUAUGAAGAUAUGGUUCAUAAAUUAGAGACAGGGAAAACAACACUCCCUGUUAAGUUUGCAGCAAUGUGGGAUGACCAAACAAGACAUAAAUUUUUAUGUCUUACUCAUGGAGACUUUUGGAAUAGUAAUUUGAUGUAUAAGCACAGUGAAGGAAUGCAGGAUGAAAUUCGUAAGAUUGAAUCUUUGAAACUCAUUGAUUGGCAAAUAUCUCAGUGGAAUAAUCCAGUGUUUGACCUCCAUUAUAUGUUGAAUACAUCUACCUCAUUUGAAAUGAGAAGAGAUCAUGCUGAAGAAAUUUUAAGACAUUAUCAUGCAACUUUUACGGAUGCAACAAAUAAAUUAGGUACUCCUGUACCUAAUUGGAAUUAUGAACAGUUCAGAGCAGAGUUUGAUAGAACAUCACUUGUGGGUUUCCUCAUGGGAAUGUGUCUCAUUCAAGGAACACUAAGUAAAGCUGGAGAAACUAUCAACCAUUCAGGGUCAACAUGUCUUAAUAAUGCUUGCUGCUAUCCUUGUAAGGUUGUAGUUGACAAAAUCAAAGCUGGCUUGGCCAAAAUCAUUGUAUCAUUUGCAUUCAAACCUUCUUCAGAAUAUUUUAUGCGAGCAAGUGUUAAAAGCGUAUUAAGUCCAAUAGGCCAAGAGUUGGUAGAGGGGAGUAAUGAUGUAUUGAAUAGACGUCUUCUGGACCUCUUGACAGAAGCAGAUGAGAAGGGAGUACUUGAUGUCCUCAUGUUGUAAAAGUACAUGACAUAAUGUCCCAAUAUACUGUCUUUCUUGUCAUUCAGGUAAUUUAACUUUUUGAAUAAUGGUAUAAGUAAAAAGGGAGUUCUGUUAUGCAAAGAGGACCCAAAAUAGUCUUACAUAUUUUUGUACUCUGUAAUUGCAAGUUAUGAUAGUAUUCAGAAAGGCAGUUCAAAUGUAUUUAAAGAGUAGUUAAUAGAAAAAAAGUAUUAGAUAGAUAGUAUUGGAUACAAAUCAGGGGAUAAGAGUACUUCUACUUUUGUAGUACUACCUAAUCAGAGAGCAUAAGCUAAGUGGAUUCUGUGCUUCCUUCAGGGGACUGCAUUAAGACAACAUGGAUUAUUACUCUGUAGUAUACUCAAGUGUUUUAACCUGAUACAAAGCAAUAUUUUUGCUGCAUAAUUUUCAUAAAUAUUGCUGCUGCUGUGUUUGUAGCAGCAGUAAGGGUGUGUUUUAUUUUUUUAGAUAUUUAUACUUAAAGUUUUAUCGGGAGUCCAUAUCACAUCAGAGAUGUGUGAAUGUCUAUUAUGUAUCAUUCUUGUGCCUUAAAUCAAAACCUAUAAUACAUGACACUGUAUUGUUUUUAACAUUAAACAAAUUUAAGGUUUGUUUAUGCUAUGGUAAUGUUAAGAGUAUUUUUUGAACAAAGUUAUAGUUAAGAAUUAUUUUAAUUUUAUAUACAGAACUUCAGGUUUACUGAAGUAGUGAAAAUUUUCGUGUUGAUUUUGUUUAAUGCAAUGUAUAUUAUGAAUUUGGUGCAUUUGUGUAGUAUGCUUGUAAAAGCAUAUUUUUUGCAAGAGGAAAGUGUACAGGAUUAGAUAAAAGAAAAAGUUUCUAUUUUCCAUAAAUCUGUAUCAUAGAUAUAUGAAUGAGUGAAAGAUAUGCAGUGAGUCUCCAAUGUAUGAGCUGCACAUUUUUUCAGUAUAUAGACAGAAUAGUAAAAACAAGAUAAACAUAUUUUGAUUUAUGUCUUCUUUAGGGUGAAGUAGUAUUUAUUUCAAAUUGAGAUUUUUUCCCCUGGUGUUUUAUGUGUAGUUGUAUACUGAUAAUGAUCGACAUGUAUAAUGCAUGUGUCAUAACGUUUUUGAUUUGUGUGUGGGGUUUUAUGUUUUGUUGAGAUUUUUUGUGAAAUGGUUGUUAUUCUCACUAUUUGUUUUAAUAUUGGCAAAUCUGUAGUCGGAGGUCUUUGAUAGAAUUGUUUUAUUUUUCUAUUUCUCGUUUAUGCAGAUUCAUCAUUGGUAAAAUGACGUUCAUCAAAAUUUACAAACUCAUUGCAAGGGGGUAGUGGGUAAUAUAUAAAACUUUUCACAGAAUGAGACAGCUUUUUUAUUUAUUAUGAUGAUAUUGCAUUGCCGUAGGUCAAGGAUGUACUACAACUUUGCAAUAUCACAGUAUUAUGUGAAAUGUGAAUAUAUUUAAUUCUAAAUUCUGUCAACUUACGUAGUAAAUGACAUUUAUAUUCAUAUAAAUGACAAGGCAAAUAUACUUUUAGCAAUAUAAGAUAUAGAGCAGGUUAUCAUGCAGGGUUUCUUAUUGCAGGCUGAUCCUAGAGAAAUUUUUAGAUAGAAAUUUCUGAAAGAUUGCUUCAGAUACUAUUGUCCAAUACAAAUGCUUGUAGUAAACUAACAUUUGGUCAUGUUUUCUUCCUUUUUUUUUUCUUCCAAUUUUGUCAAGUGUUAAUAUCUUUAGGUUUUAUUCUUUUGCUUAACUUGCAGAUGUGGAAAAGAACGAUGUAUAUUGUAUAGUCAGUUUCAUUUGUUUUGCUUUCUUUUGCUUCAUUUUAUUUUAUUUUAUUCACCAUUGUUGUCUGUUCAUUGUCAUCUCUGCUGUUUUCAUUAUUAUUAUUAUUAUUAUUAUUAUUAUUAUUAUAUUUGAAAUCACUCUUGUAAUUAUGGUUGUCAUUGUCCACAUUUUUUGCAAUUCUCUUUUAUUUUAAUGUUCCAGUUCUCAGUUGAAGUGUCUUAUAAUCCCUUAAGCCACACUGAAAAAAAGGAAAAGAAAAAAAAACAUUUUCCCCCCCAAAAAAAAAGAUCUGUAGAUUUUGAAAAUACUACAUCCAUUUUUUGGUUGUAAAUGUAGUAAGAGACAUUUUCAUGUAUUGACUAGACACAAAGAGUGAGACAAAGCUGUGAUGCCCGGGAUGUUGGCAUAAUAAGGACCUAGUAAUGCGUGUAUGAUAGUAAAUCGCAAUGAAUAUAUGAACAGAUUCAAUUUUCCCAUGCCAUACCAAACUGUACACUGGGGAUUGUACACACACACACACACACACACACACACAUAUGUAUCUCCUGUUCUAUACUUUUAGCUGCAGCAUAAAAGAUUAUCUAGAAAAUGAAACUUUUAAGCUUAUUUUUGUGUGGCUGUAACUCGAUGACUGCAGUCAAGGCCAAACAAGUGAACAAGUUGUUUAGCAAACAUAACUUAGAGCAGGCUUGAUAUUUUACAUUAAAAAACAUCUUCAUAUAUCAAGAGGUUUAAAUCAUCCACAAAAUUAUUAUGUUAUUUUUCUCAAUAAUAUCAAUCUAAAAUACUUCAAACUUUUAAUGAGAGAGCAGUCAGAAAAGGUUUAUCUUUAGUUUUCUUUCCAUCUGAGUUACCGAAGAAUAUAGUAAAAGGGGAAAGAAAAUACAAGUGUAAGUACAUGAGUACUACCUUAUAACUUAAAAAAAAAAAACAUUUUCUGCUUUGUCCAUUGUUUAGCAAGUGUGUUUAGUUAUGCUGAUGCAAACUGUUCUCCUAUGUGAGAGUACUGUAUCUGGUUAGUGAAAAUAGUUCUGUAACAUAUUUAGCAAGUCUCAUCUUAAAAUGGGUUUGGGUAUAAAAUAAAAGGGAAAGAAAUAUGAUCAUUUAUAUUGAAAGUCAUGGAGGAAUAUCUUAGUCAUUAAAAAAUUGGUUGUAAUUUUACUUUAAGAGUUUACAAACAUCUUAUUUACGUAUGUAUUUUUAAUUGUUUUGCAUAUUCUUGCAUGCCAGGAAGCAAAUAGAGAGUACAUUAAGAUUUUGAUUAUAAGCAGGAUUUUUAUCUGGCUCAAUUUCUCAAGCGUUGAAAUAUCAAUACUUGAUAAACCCCUUUUUUUUUUUUUUUUUUUCCUUCUUUUUUUCUUUUUUUUUCUUAUUUUUCCAAUUCCUAAGAUUUCUGUCGUUUCCUUAUACAUUAACUGCCUGGAUAUUUUGUUUAAUGACCAAAAAUGCUAGUCGUGUGGGUUGAUUUUAGUAAGACAGCUAAUGUAAAAUAUUGAUAAAUAGAGUGAAAGCUUAUUAUUUUCAAAUUGCAUAAGAAGUUGAAUGUUUAACUACUAUAAUGACAAGACUAUUACUGACAGCAAAGGAAUUAUUAGUCUUGAAAUCUUGCAGUCCAAUGCUGUUUUACCUACAAAAUUUUUAAUAAUGCAUCCCUUUUCUGUAUAAAGGAAGGGUUUUUUGUCAUUUUUGAAAUAAGUAUGGUGUGUAUAUAAGGGUCUCAAAAGUUUUAAGGUGGGUACCUUUUUUUUUGCAAGGGAAGUAUUCUAAAAUGGUUCUAGUGCACUGAAUUGUUCAAGAUAUUUACAUAGUAUUAUUUGUAUAUUUAAUAUUUUUAUAUAACUGACACCUUGUCUUUUAUAACAUUUUGCUCUAAGGGCAUUAAAACUGGAGGGGAUUGGGGGAAAUUAUAGUUCCGAAUCUCAUGUGAAUUUUCCAUUGGGACCAUUUAUAAUUUACAGUCAUUUGCACAAUUGUGGUUUCAGUCAACCUUAAGACAGAGUAGAAAAUAUAUAAAGAUUAAAGAGUACUAUUUAAUGUUGCAUGUGUUUUCUGUACUACCUCCUAUUAAAAAAAAAAGAGAGAAAAAAGUAAUCAGUUUGCCAAGUUUAUAUAUAUAUAUAUAAAAAAAAAAACAAAAAAAACAGAUGGACCACUCUAGUGUUAACUAGGUCUUCUUGGUAUGACAUUAUUUAGCUGGUUGGUUGUUGUGUUGUCUGUUAUUAGCAUCUAAAAGCAAUAUUUAUAUAAUUGAUAAGGAAAAAAAAAUAGAAUGUAGUGUUUACCUGAUGUGAAUCUCGGUAAUUCUCAAGGUAUUGUUUCCUGGUAAUUUGAUCCUAAAACUUAUUUAUUUUUAUAUCUGCUCUUAGUCUGCAGUUUUUAAGUAUUAUGUUACUUGUAAGGUAGAGGGAAGUAUAUUGUGUAGUAAAUUAUUUACAUAUUGCAAAUUUGGUGUUAUUACUUGUAUCUAAGGUUUCCUAGAAUUUCCAUGCCCUAUAUUAAGUGUGCCCAGUAGUUUUACAUUUUGAUAAUACCCACACAAAAAAAAAUGCACAAAAAGUACUUAAACCCCUAAUCCCUACAUAAACCUUCUUCUGUUGUGUAGAGAUUUAUAAUUUUGCUGAUGUUACUAGUAAGAUUAUCUCUAGUUUUUUUUUUUUCUGUCUAGUUGAGUAUUAACCCACUGCCACUGGGGAUAUAACGUGUAAAUGCCAUGUCGCUGUGAUUGUAGUUUAUAAAUUGUGCUUGCACAGAUGGCUCCACAAGUAUUUAGACACCAAGAAGUUGAUUACCAGUUCUACCUAUCUCACUUGUUUACCGUUUUCCUUGAUUUGCUGGAAUAUUGUUUUUGGAUCUUUUAUUGCUAUUAGUUAUUUCAGUAACAUUAUAAUGAUCAUUAUAUCAUUAGUAAUAAUGAUAGUAUCAAUAUUAAUACAUCAUAAAAAAAACUGUCAAAAGCUCAAGCAAAGGGGGAAACAGGGGAGGUCAUGCAGUUAUCCUUUUUGACUCUUUGUUGUUGAGCAUUUGUGGAACCAGCUGUGUGAAACAACUUACAAAACAAAACUACAGUCGACAUUGCUUGUUCCUGGCAGCCAGCAAGGGAAUAACUGAUAAGUUCAAUAGCAGUGCAACAUCCCUUGUGUUAACAUUCAGUAACAGAAUACAUGUCAUGUUGAAAGUUGUAUUUCUUUUUUCUCUUUCUUUCAUUAGGCAGCUGCUGGAGAAGAAAUUUUUAUUGUAUUAACAACUUACUUUUGGCUGAAUGGGAAAAAAAGUACAUGGCUUAUUUUUCAGCGGGAUCAAAGGGAAUACUAAGCAGAUAAUACUGCUGUGUAAAUUUUUCACUUUUGUGAUAACAAACUGCCAUAAUGUACAGGAUAUGAAAAUGCAUUAGUUUUGCCUGUGCCUUCCAGUCUUUGUACUUUUUUACUAUUUAAUUGUUUUAGUUAUUUCUGGUGUGAUGUGUCUUUGCUGUCUAUGCUGUUUCAAAUAAAUUUUCAAUAAUUA